ACUUUCUCUGUUUCCACUGAAACAAAGUUGAUAAACUACUACUUUUUUCUGCACAAUCAAAUGUAUUACUUCAUGCUACAGCAAUAAGAAUAUAUAAAUGGUACAAAGAGAGUUAAUGGGGUAUUUUCUUUUUUUAUUAUUGGUACUAUCAAGGACAUGACCCACAAGAGAGGCCCAUUACUUUGGACAAGUGUAAACUAUGAUUUGAGCACAAACAGUUUAACGCAAAAAUGGCCAAAGAAGUAGACCAACAUCAAUGUUUUCCACUGUGUCUUUGUCCCCUCCUCAUUACUUGCCUUCUUUAACAACCUUCACCUUCUUUCUUCUCUUUUUCUCAAACUCUCAGUUUUUCCUCUGUCUUUUUUCUUCAUUAUGGCCAUGGAGAAACACCACUCCCAGCUGCCUAGCGCCAAGUGUUCGCGGCAUCAACGUUAUAAUGAAUGGGCGUUUCGAGACGUUCCAAGUGAUAUAUCAAUAGUUGUAGAUGGUGGCAUAUUUUCAUUGCAUAAGUUUCCUCUUGUGUCGAGGAGUGGGAGAAUUCGGAAGCUUGUAGCAGGGCACAGGGAUUCUGAUAUUUCAAGAAUUGAGCUACUUAGCCUACCAGGUGGACCUGAAUCAUUUGAGCUUGCAGCCAAAUUUUGCUAUGGUGUUAACUUUGAGAUUACACCUGCAAAUGUUGCUCAGCUUUGUUGUGUAUCUGAUUAUCUUGAGAUGACUGAUGAGUAUUCAAAGAACAACCUCGGUUCCCGAGCUGAAGAAUAUCUUGAGGUUGUUGUAACCAAGAAUCUUGAAAUCUGUGUUGAAGUCCUAAAACAAUGCGAAAAUCUACUCCCUUUGGCUGAUGAGCUGAAAAUAGUUACCCGAUGUAUCGAUGCUGUAGCCUCUAAAGCUUGCGUGGAGCAAAUUGCUUCAAGUUUCUCGCGCUUGGAAUAUAGUAGUUCUGGUAGACUCCAUAUGAACCGCCAAGCUAAGUGUGAAGGAGACUGGUGGAUAGAGGAUUUGUCAGUUCUUCGUAUCGACUUGUACCAACGAGUCAUAACAGCAAUGAAAUGUCGCGGUGUUAGGCCUGAAAGUAUUGCAGCAUCACUAGUUAACUACGCCCAGAAGGAGUUGACAAAGAAGUCCAAAGCUGAUGUGGUUUCUGGUUCAAAUAAUGGCCAUGAAAAAGUCGUGGUCGAGACAAUUGUUAGCCUUAUGCCCGUUGAGAAAUUGGUUGUUCCAAUAACCUUUCUUUUCGGGCUGUUGAGAAGUGCUGUGAUGCUUGACUGCACGGUUGCUUGUAGACUUGAUCUUGAGAGGCGAAUAGGAUCUCAAUUAGACAUAGCUACUCUGGAUGAUCUUCUGAUUCCUUCUUUUCGUAAUGCUGGUGACACAUUAUUCGAUAUUGACACAGUGCAUAGGAUCUUGGUUAAUUUUUCUCAGCUGGAAGAUAGUGACGAAGACAUGGAUAAUGUCUCAGUAUUUGAGUCUGAUAGCCCUCUUACUUCGCCAUCCCAAACUGCAUUAUUCAAAGUCGCUAAACUGGUGGACAGUUACCUGGCUGAAAUUGCACCUGAUGCUAACCUAAAGCUGAACAAGUUCAUUGCAAUUGCCGAAAGUUUACCAGCACAUGCUCGUACCACCCAUGAUGGACUUUACCGAGCAACUGAUGUCUACCUCAAAGCUCAUCAAGGCUUAUCAGAUCCAGAUAGGAGGAGACUAUGCAAGCUGAUUGACUUUCAGAAGCUAACACAAGAAGCUGGAGCACACGCUGCACAAAAUGAACGCCUCCCACUCCAAUCAAUUGUACAGGUUCUUUAUUACGAGCAAAUGAGGCUUCGAAAUGCCUUAUUUUGUUCUUAUCCUGAUGAUGAUCAUAAGCCAAUGCACCAAUCGUGGAGGAUCAAUAGUGGUGCUCUAAGUGCAGCUAUGUCUCCCAGGGAUAAUUAUGCUUCUCUAAGACGAGAAAACAGGGAACUAAAACUUGAACUAGCACGAAUUAGGAUGAGAUUGAAUGACCUGGAGAAAGAUCAUGUUUGUAUGAAGAAAAAUAUGGAAAAAUCUAACUCCCGGAGAUUCAUGAAUUCCUUCACAAAAACGAUUGGCAAGUUGAACAUCUUUGGACAUAGUUCUUCCAGGGAAUCAAGUUCUCCCUCAAAGAGAUCCCAAGUUACUGAUUCUAAGCUUACAGAAAGAACAUGACUGGCAAACUUUCCUGUUACAUAAAAAUACUUGAAUAGGUUUUGGCUGCUCCUAGUAAGUAACUGCAAAUUGUACUUGUAAUCUCUAUUAUCUUGUAUAUGAGCUCUAGAGAUAUGCUUUAGCAUGUGAGAUUUUGCCUUUGUCAAUGAACUAAAGUAUUUUUUUUUU